AUGGAGCCCCGGGCAGCCGCGGCGGGGUCGCCCGAGCCUGCGGCGGCGUCCUCCUCCUUCCAGGCCCGGCUCUGGAAGAACCUGCAGCUGGGGGUGGGCAAGAGCAAGGGCAGCGGGGGCGGGCGCGCAGGGGGCCCAGAGCGCCGCACUGCGGACACCCCAUCGCCCUCCCCGCCACUCCCGGGGGGCAGGCGGGACGCACUGGCCGGCGUGGGUGGCGCGGGCAGCAGGUGGAGCGGCUUCAAGAAGCGCAAGCAAGUGCUGGACCGCGUCUUCUCCUCCUCCCAGCCCAACCUGUGCUGCUCCUCGCCGGAGCCUCUCGAGCCCGGCGGCGCCGGCAGAACCGAGCAGGGGUCCACCCUUCGCCGCCGGAUCCGUGAACAUUUGCUCCCCGCGGGAAAGGGGCCGGCGACGACCGCCGGAGCAGCGGGAGGGACGCCUCCUGGCGGACGCUCCCCGGACUCGGCUCCCUCUUCGUCCUCCGCCUCAUCCUCCCUGUCCUCUUCGCCCCAGCCGCCCGCGAGGGGGGACCGCGCCCGAGAUGAGGGUGCACGGCGUCGGGGCCCCGAGGCGCACUUGUGCCAUCAAAAGAGUUCAUCCCUGCCGGGCACUGCCUGCCUGGAGCAGCUGCUGGACCCGCCGCCGCCUCCCGCAGAGUCAGCUCAGAGCCCCGUGCAGCCGCGGACCCCGGAGAAGGGCGAGGAGCUCGGCAGCAGCCAGAAAAUAAAUACUGCUGGAACCAGUAAUGCAGAUGUCCCCUUGGCUGAUCCCGGAAUGUACCAAUUGGACAUUACGUUAAGAAGGGGUCAAAGUUUAGCUGCCCGAGAUCGAGGAGGGACAAGUGAUCCAUACGUGAAGUUUAAAAUUGGAGGAAAAGAAGUGUUUAGAAGUAAAAUAAUACACAAGAACCUCAAUCCUGUGUGGGAGGAGAAAGCUUGCAUUCUUGUUGAACAUCUGAGGGAACCCUUGUAUAUCAAGGUAUUUGACUAUGAUUUUGGACUACAGGAUGACUUUAUGGGCUCGGCGUUUCUGGAUCUCACACAAUUGGAGUUAAACAGGCCCACAGAUGUGACCCUAACAUUGAAAGAUCCCCAUUAUCCUGACCAUUACCUUGGAAUCAUUUUGCUGUCCAUCAUCCUUACCCCUAAAGAAGGAGAACACAGGGAUGUGACAAUGCUAAUGAGGAAGAGCUGGAAAAGAUCAAGUAAGGAUCUCUCAGAAAAUGAAGUGGUUGGAUCUUAUUUUUCUGUGAAGUCUUUCUUUUGGAGGACGUGCGGCAGGCCUGCUCUUCCUGUCCUGGGCUUCUGCAGAGCAGAGCUUCAGAGUAAUUAUGACCAAAAUGCACAAUUUCAGACCCAAAGUUUACGUCUAUCAGACGUACACAGAAAAUCACAGCUUUGGAGAGGAAUAGUCAGCAUCACGUUGAUUGAGGGACGAGACCUCAAGGCAAUGGAUUCAAAUGGGUUGAGUGACCCCUAUGUGAAGUUCCGGCUUGGGCAUCAGAAGUAUAAGAGCAAGAUUAUGCCAAAAACUUUGAAUCCACAGUGGAGGGAACAAUUUGAUUUUCAUCUCUAUGAAGAGAAAGGUGGGAUUAUUGAUAUCACCGCCUGGGACAAAGAUGCUGGGAAAAGGGAUGAUUUUAUUGGCAGGUGCCAGGUGGACCUGUCGGCCCUCAGUAGGGAGCAGACACACAAGUUGGAGUUGCAGCUGGAAGAGGGUGAGGGUCACCUGGUUCUGCUGGUCACCCUCACAGCUUCGGCCACAGUCAGCAUCUCUGACCUCUCCGUCAGUUCCCUGGAGGACCAGAAAGAACGGGAGGAAAUCUUAAGGAGAUAUAGUCCAUUGCGGAUAUUUCACAACCUGAAAGAUGUGGGAUUUCUCCAGGUGAAAGUAAUCAGAGCAGAAGGGUUGAUGGUCGCUGAUGUCACAGGUAAAAGUGACCCGUUUUGUGUAGUUGAACUGAACAAUGAUAGGCUGCUGACACAUACCGUCUACAAAAAUCUUAAUCCUGAGUGGAACAAAAUCUUCACAUUCAACAUUAAAGAUAUCCAUUCAGUUCUUGAAGUGACAGUUUAUGAUGAAGAUCGGGAUCGAAGUGCUGACUUUCUGGGCAAAGUUGCUAUACCAUUGCUGUCUAUUCAAAAUGGUGAACAGAAAGCCUACGUCUUGAAAAACAAGCAGCUGACAGGGCCAACAAAGGGGGUCAUCUAUCUUGAAAUAGAUGUGAUUUUUAAUGCUGUGAAAGCCAGCUUACGAACAUUAAUACCCAAAGAACAGAAGUACAUUGAAGAGGAAAACAGACUCUCUAAACAGCUGCUACUAAGAAACUUUAUCAGAAUGAAGCGUUGUGUCAUGGUGCUCGUAAAUGCUGCAUACUAUGUUAAUAGUUGCUUUGAUUGGGAUUCACCCCCAAGGAGCCUCGCUGCUUUUGUGCUCUUUCUCUUUGUUGUCUGGAACUUUGAGCUCUACAUGAUACCACUGGUUUUGUUGUUACUGUUGACAUGGAACUACUUCUUGAUAAUAUCAGGGAAAGAUAACAGGCAACGUGAUACAGUAGUGGAGGACAUGCUGGAGGACGAGGAAGAAGAAGAUGACAAAGAUGACAAGGACAGUGAAAAAAAGGGAUUUAUAAAUAAAAUCUAUGCCAUCCAGGAGGUUUGUAUCAGUGUCCAGAACAUCCUAGAUGAAGUGGCUUCCUUUGGCGAAAGGAUAAAGAAUACUUUCAACUGGACUGUCCCAUUCUUAAGCUGGCUGGCCAUUGUAGCCCUCUGUGUGUUCACAGUCAUCCUGUACUUCAUUCCACUGAGAUACAUUGUCCUUGUCUGGGGCAUCAAUAAAUUUACAAAAAAGCUUCGGAGUCCAUAUGCAAUUGAUAACAAUGAACUACUUGACUUCCUUUCCAGAGUCCCUUCAGAUGUACAACUGGUGCAAUACCAAGAACUGAAACCAGAUACUUCUCAUAGCCCAUGUAAAAGGAAGAAAAACAAUCUUGGCUAGCCAGCCCCCAGCACUGAGGAGACCAGCAUCUGUUUGGGAAGAUAAAAGAAAAAGCCUUCAGCCUCUGCAGCAUUUCCUUUCUUCCUGCUUUUUAUUUAUUUUGCCUUUUUAUCAUGAUCGAGAGAAUUUGUAAAUAGUGUACAAGUGUACCUCAUGUCUUUGAAAAUAUACUUCCGUUGUACAGACUCAACUUGAUAAAGGUUUAGCUGUUGCUGUGUGAAAGCCUUGUUGGCUGUGGAUAAUAACACACUGGAACAACAAAUAGAAGAAUGGUAAUGUUGGGAGAUAGAUAUACACUUCUCUAAUUACAAGUGGAAGCACCAGAAUAUUGCAUUAAAUGCUCAGCUGUGCCCUGAUUAAAUCUACAUAAAACAUAAAUGUCAUUUUGAUUUUUAAAGUUUUUUUUUAUGUGACUUUUUUAUCUGAAAAGUAAUCCAUUACAAUUUUCUAUGUUUUAUACAUUUCAAAAGGGAAGGGGGGAAUCCCAAAAUCUGAAUUAUGGAACAGAUGCAUUUCAAUUUAACUUAGAUUCUGACUUCAGAUCCUGAAUUUCAUUCCUGUGCAAAUUACUGAGAUAUGACUCAGCUUAUUUUAAGCUAAUGAGUGAAGGUACAUUCACUGUCAAGAUAAUCUUCCACACUCUACAAAGAAACCUUCCAAACCUUCUAUCAUUCCAUCUAAAACCUUAAAAUCUCUACAGGAUUACACAUAAAUACUGCCAGGUUUAUAAAUGAUUGCCUAUCUGAAUUUUUAUACCUACCACUACUUUAAUUUGUACCGAGUUAGCAAGUUAGCAACCCAGUUCAGUUGUCAAAAAUACUAGCAACCUAAAUCCGUGAUGCUUUUGGUGUCUCUGUGCCUCUAAAAAUAUUUAAUACUUGUGUUAUCACACACACAAAAAGUAUCUGCUUUCUCAUAGAUUACUGAAAUGCUUUAAUGCAUAGUAUGAUUUUUGUUAGUGUGAAUUUUAAUGUAAAGAAUGCUAGUGUGCUAAGUGAUAUGCCAGUGUUUCAUUAUAUUCAUUUAUAGAAAAACUAAUCAUUCUUGAUAAUAUGAAUGCAUGAAACCUAUUUUGUAAAAAACAAAAACAAAAAAACAAAAAAAAACUGCUUAUGGGGAGGGGGGAGUUUGCCUUUAAAAAAAUGUUUCACUACUUUCCAUAGAAUCUAUACUUAAAAAUUGCAUUCCCAAAACUUAACUUAUGGUAGUUUUUGUACCUAGCUCCCUGAUAAAUGAAGGGAAUAUACCUCUGGAGAGAGAAAUAAUUUGGUGAGAACGUUUUACUUCCUUGAGUGGGUAGGGGAUUAAGCUUGGCUAAAAAUGCUGUAGAAAAUGUUUUGCACUACUUAUAUUAAUAGACUGGGAUAGGGUGAAGGGGGUGGGUGGGUUAUGAUG